AUGACCUCAUGCAUGAUGUCCGAGCGCCACAACAAGCUCCGCAAGCUGGAGGGCGUGCGCCGCCGGGUGCCCUACGUGUCCCAGUCCGCCUUGCACGCCAUUUUGGCUGAAGUUGACAGAUGUGGCGUGCCGGAGCUGCACCAGCGGACGCACAUGCGAGAGGCCUCGCGCUUGGCGCUGCAGCAAUGCAGCCUAUAUGGCCCCCUGCUGCUUCCAGUCAAGGCAGCCCGCUUGCGCCAGGAAGGCGACGAGGAUCUCCUAUUGGUCAACGCCUUGUCGCUUCUGGCCGGCGCAUAUGAGCAAGGUGGGAGUUAUACGGAGCUGCUGCAGGGGGCGCACGCCGCCGUGCCCAGUGCGCCCGAUAAGCCCUGGCGUUUCAUUUUGUAUCUCGACGAAGUCGUGCCGGGCAAUGUUCUGUCGCAUAGACAGGAACGCAAGUGCUGGGUAGCAUACGCUGCUUUCGCCGAGUUCGGUGUGCACUUGAUGCAGGAGCCAGCCUGGUUGAUCCUGGGCAUUUUCCGCUCGCACAAAGUUGCGACCUUAAGCGCCGGCAUCUCCCAGGUCGCCAACAUCAUCUUGAAGCAAAUCUUCAAGGGCCCUGUGCGGCCGCAGGCCGGCUUGGUCCUCAAAUGCCCCAUGGGUCGGACCUUGCGCCUGUACUUUGAGCUGGGCAUGUUCUUGCAAGACGGCGCGGCGCAGAAACACGUCUUCGGCAUCAAAGGCGACGCCGGCAGCCGCUUCUGCAUGCUGUGCAUGAACGCCAUGACCUUGCGGAGCGCUCUCGACGUCACAGACAUGGACGACGAGCAUGCCUUCGCCGGCGUCUGCGGCCUGCUCCGCCACCAGGAUCUGCACCUCUGCUCCGAUGCAGACGUCUUGCAAAGCGCCGAUCGCCUCGCGGGGCGCGUGGCCGCCGGCGUGCCCAAAGCUCAAAUAGCCUUGUGGGAGCAGGCCUCCGGCAUCAAUUUCCAGGAGCAUGGAUUGCUGUUCGACCGCGAUCUUCGCGAUGUGCUCCGACCCUGCUCGCAGUUUGCCCACGAUUGGAUGCAUGCCACUUGCUCCAAUGGCACCCUGACCUUGACUUUGUUUCUUUUGCUGUCAUGCCUGCAAAAAGCAGGGGUGCCUGCCUGGCAGGCUGUGUCCGAAUACGUCGGGCAGUGGACGUUGCCGGGCAAGGCCAUGAAGCACUUGAAGGACUUGUUCGACAACAAAAAGAAAGAAGCCUGCAUCGAAGCGAAAAAAUUCAAGUGCACUGCCAGCGAAGCCUUGGCUUUAUACCCCAUCCUGCGCAGAUGGGUGCGCACAGGUCCCAUGCGAGCGGGCUUUGAACAGCCGUGCGCGGCUUUUGUGCACAUGUGCCACGUGGUGGAUUUGCUGCACGCUGCGCAGAAGAAUCGGCAAGUUUCUCCUCACAGCCUUCAGAUGGCUGUCGAGAGGGCACUCGAUGCCGUUGUGCAAGCAGGUUGGGAGGGCAACAUGGUGAAAAAAUUUCACUGGUUGCUGCACUUCCCCGACACACUGCAGCGCUUCGGGCAGCUGCCCGCAUGCUGGGUGCUCGAACGUAAGCAUCGCCUCGUGGCCAGAUACGCGGCGCCAGUGCGGAACACGCAGCGUUUCGAAAAAUCCCUCCUGGAAGAGACGUUGGCGCACGACUUACACGUCCUGCAGGAAGGUGGGCUGUUUUCUAGCCGCUGCCGGCUGCUGCGACCCCACGCUUGCAACAAGGCCUUGAUGGCCCGAUUGAUGGAAAUCUGGGACCCGGCCAUGCUCGUCCGAGCGGAAUGCCUCUGCGGCGCGCAAGUCCGCUUGGCCUCUGGCCAGGUCUGCAGUGCCGGAGACAUGGUGCUGCUCGCAGAUGGCGGGGCUGCUAAAGCCGUGACGAGCGUCGCCAUCGAUGGCAAUGUGCAUACAUGGGUGCAAUCUUUGCAGUUGCUCCGGCACGAUCCGGACCUGCAGAGCGCAGAAUGGCGCCUCAUGGACCAUGGGCACAUGCUGCCGACGGAGCAUAUAGCGGCAUGUCUCACUUGGACUGAAAGAGACACGGUGAUCACCACAUUGUUGCCGUACUCUUGA